AUGCACACAACCAUGUUUCCAUCUCUUCGUCUGCAGUCUGUGGCUUCUCGUUAUAUACCUGAGCGCUCCUUUCUUCCUCCCCGUUCUCAUGACAGCACUUCGUGUUGCGGCCUGCAGAGUUGCUGUUCGUGUGCCCGUCGCCAACGCCUUUACCAGCCUUCGUCUCUUCUCCACAACAAAAGCCAUGACGGUCAAACAGCCCCACGUCGUUGUUGUCGGCGGUGCAUACGCCGGUCUUGCAGCCUUGAAUAGCCUGAUAAGCUUAAGUAAUGGCCACGGUCAUCCUGCAGGGAAGAAGAGGCCAGCUGCGCCCGCUGGAUCAGCACACGCAAUGUCCGGUCCCCCUCGCGGCCCUCCGCUAGAGGCGCCUGAUGUUUCACGGGCCCUGCGAAUCAAGCCGCGAUAUACGCUGCUUGACGUGCGAGACGGGUUCUACCACUCCGUCGGUGCUCCGCUGGGCCAGAUCUCACCCUCGCACGGCCGCGAAUUCUGGGUGAAGUAUGACGAGAUUAUGCGCACAAAGUACGCAAGCGAUCCCGUGGAUUUUGUGCAAGGCUCGGCCUUUGCCUUGGACACAGCGUCCAAGACCCUAAGGUAUCGGCCAACUGGCAAGUCGGUGGAUCAGACGCUGUCGUACGACUUCCUCGUCGUAGCGUCAGGAAUGAGUCGCGAGUGGCCGAUCUUGCCCAGAUCGCUGGAUUACGACACGUACGUCUCGGACACGGAAAGCUUCGAAAACGAGUUGAAGCCGUGUUCGCGCAUCGUUCUUGUUGGAGGAGGUGCUUGUGGAAUCGAGAUGUCUGCUGAGAUGAAAGUGCACUUCCCGGAGAAGGAGAUCAUCCUGAUACACAGUCGCUCGGACCUUCUCAGCCGAGAGCCUCUCUCCGACGAGUUCAAGGCCAUCGCGUUGCAGCUGCUCCGGGAGCAGGGCGUCGAUGUUCGGCUCAACACCCGGCUCCUAAACGAAUCUGCGAGCGGCUCCAAGCGAAUGUUAGAACUUUCGACCGGCGAGACGCUGGAGUGCGACAAGGUCGUUUACACCGCCGUUCAGCAGGGACCGAACACGGGCUUCGUGCCUGAGCAAGCGUUGGACGAGCAAGGCUACGUCAAGGUCCGAGACACGUUCCAGUUCGCGGCCACGGUUCCGAACGCAGACGCCCACUACGCCGUCGGCGACGUUGCCAGGUGGACCGGGAUCAAACGGUCGGGGCCGGCGAUGGCGCAAGGCAAAUUGGCCGCGACCAACAUCGUCACUUCGCUCAUCGCGCUUGAAGACGGGAAGGCCAUUGAAGACGCAGAGCUGGUCAGCGCUCCGCCAAGCAGACCGACCAUGACUCUGGCGAUCGGCGAGCAGGCUAUCGGGAUGAGGGCCGGGCUGCGAUACGGACGUGAGGUCAAAGAUCGCGCCUUCGGGACCGGCCUGGGCAUCGAUGGGACGCUUGAAAACCUGGGCCUUCGGCCGAGACGACGAAAGGAGGUGGCCGGGGAAGACGAGGCGAGCAUGCCCAGUCUGCGCCCUUCUCUUGCUGCAACGGCCAGCAUCUAGGUGGGGCCUCGACGAGCGGCCUGAGGAAUGUAUUAUAGUUUUUGCAUUAGACAACACAGCGGAGAAGUUACUCCUCAGUGAGAGAUGGACAACGAUGUACAAAAGGAUUGUGAAGAGCCAUGUUCUGGAUUAGACUCUGUGUGGGCAACAAGGCAGACAUUUCAAAUGCUACCACUACUGUGAAAAGUGUAUAUGAGCAACUUUCGACAUGUACAUCUUCUCCCUGGAUGAAACCCGACGUCUCUUUCGUCACCACGGUCAUUGUGAGAGACAGCGCCAGUUCAGACAUCAUUUCUGACUUCUGUAGCAAAAUCUAAAUAGCCUGGAAUUGGGGAAACAAACUGCUCGAUGCCAUUACUCAUUCAUCAUUAAGAUAGGCAUGUACUGAUGAAGG